GAAAAAGCUAAAGAUGGUUAACAGUGCAACUUUCGUGAUUUUUUUGGCAACACACUUUAUUUUCGGUGAAGGAGCUACUCAUAAAGAUCGAUGUAUAGAUAGGUGUGGUUUUGAUUAUGAUUCCCGAUAUGAUUGUCACUGUAACAGCCAAUGUGAGACGUUUGGGAAUUGCUGUUCCGACUACUGGACAAUAUGCAAAGCUGGUGGCGUGGUUCACACACAUCAUCCACAAGUCGUGACUGUAUUGCCUUUAGGAAAGUACACUGGAAGUGAAACUGGUAUAGCUCAACAAUUAUGGGACGCUGAUGUUAACAGAUUUGGUCCCGCAGAUCUAAAGAUAAACCUUCAAGGUCAUACCGGAAGAGGUCCUGGAAGUGAUCAUGCAACCUCUAAAUUAUUUACCUAUGUAAAUGUAAGAAAGCUUCAAAGUCCAACCUAUAAAACUUUGUUAGCUCUGUGGGACAACUAUCAUACUAGUGAAUCGCAACACGAAUCAACCACCGCUCAACAUCAAAAUGAAAUAAACGCUUUUCUUGAUGCUGUCAUGAAUACUAAAGUUAUGCAAUUAGCCUACAGUUAUCUUACAACUUUCAAGCAUUUUAUUGGAGAUCAACAUGCUUUCAAGGCCAAACUUCAACAACUUUGGUUUGCCUUGUACUCUAGAUCGAGCAAUGGGCCAAAGAAUAGCUGUGGAUUUGAACACAUUUUCCUGGGAGAAUUCAAAGGCUCAUCUGUGUCAGGCUUUCACAACUGGGUUAGGUUUUAUAAAUUGGAAUCUAGUGGUAGAAUUGAUUACAAAGGCUACAUCAAUAAAAAAGAACCUUUUCUAAUUGAGUUUACCUUCACUUGGGAUGGAAAAUGGAAACCAAUCAGUUCAUUUUUUAUUGGAACCAGUCCUGAAUUUGAUAUGGCUUUAUCUACUAUAUGUAUGUUAACUGCGCCCAAUAGAGCCUGUAAAUAUACUAUACAGGGACAACAUUUUAGAAUCCAAACUUAUGAUAAUACUCAUGUGAGUGGAUUACAAGUUGCAUCAGCAUACCCCGAAAUGUAAAUAAAACAGCUUGCUCUACUAAAUGGGCCUGCAUCGUG